GUGUCCGAUAUCUGGGCGUUUUCAUUCACGGCCCGUCGCGCGUGUUCUACAAUGAACAAAAAGGAUCUUACUCACCGAUGCAAUCUUGCACAUCCUAUAUCCUCCUUUCUGAUCACCAUCAUUGACGACAUUUUCAUGUGGUGAUCACGUCCGUCUUGUAUAUUCGUCUUUCUUUUACACGGACUCAAGCUUAGUUUUGCAAGCUCGGCUGUAGAAUUUCAUUCUCCUUCUCUUCAACACAGAUUCAUUUCAUGGAGCGGGGCUUGACUCAAUUCAACUUCCGACAGCAUUAAACAAGGUUAUUCGUUUACAAAUCCAACUUUCAACACAUUCAUUUUAUUUUACAACAUACACAUUCUUUACUCACACUCAUUAUCACAAUGGUUUCUUUUCUCAAAAGACGCAUGUCUUCCGUCUCGCUCAAAGGAGCAGAUCGUAAUGACACAAAACAAUCAUUAGCACCACCACCUCCCGUUCCUGCUCUUCCUCUUGGUGACAAGCAAUUGGCAAUGGGCAACAAGCUUAACGUAGCCAUGCCUGACCUUCGAUUCUCUCGUUUGGAUCUUGAAGAACACGUUCAAGCAAUCGGUCAAGACAAAAGACAAAGUGGUGCAUCUCUUGAACCUUUCAGUCCAAAAGUAGAACAAAGGAAGAGCCGAUUAGGUUUCUUCGGUGUAAGACCAGCAAUGGCGUCCAAUGAUGAAUUAGCUCACGCACAAAGGGCAAAUCGUGCUUCUGCCCUUUUGGGAAGUCCACAAAUGGCUCCUCCGUCUAGAUCCACUUCUGCUCAAAAUCUUCAAGCUCCAAAAAUUGACAGACAAGCAGCAGCACCAAAGACAUCCCACAAUACAAUGCCUAGAUCAUCAACCGCAGGACAGGCAUUAUACGCAAAAGGUCAAAUGUCACCCCCUCCAAUUUCGUCUCCUAAGCCUGUUGUGGUAGACAAGAAACAACAAAAGAAGGACGAAAAGCUCAGACUUCAACAAGAAAAGGACAAGAUGAAACAAUUGGCAAAGGAGAUGAAAGAGCAAGAAAAGCUUGCUAAACGUGCUUCAAAACUUAGCUUGAAGGCUAGCAAGUCCGAUUUGAAGAGCAACAAGCAACAACCUCCUUCACCAGCUGUACAAUCUCAACCUCGUCAAGAAAAAUCUCCAAAUCGAGCUGAACAUCAGAGACCAUUGCAAGCUGCUAUGAGUCCUCCACCUAUGCCUAGAACGCCUGAGCAGAGAAACACACGAUCCAAUGCGACCCCGCAAAUGGAACAUCGUCCUUCGCCUAUUGGACAUCAACAAAUGCCAAUCCAGGAAGCUCCUCGUACACCGACCCACCAAGCUCCUCGUACGCCCAGCCAGCAAGCUCCUCGCGCACCUACUCAGCCAGCUCCAAGAACACCUACGCAGCCACUUGUUGUGUUAAAGAAGCAAUCGUCUCCAAAAGUAGUAGAGGCAUACGAUCCAAUCCGCUUUCCCAAUCCUCACGAUGUCAAGCCCACAUCUCCUCAACGACAAGAAUCGCAGUCUGAGGAGAGCAGUAGAGGAUUGUCAAAUUCCGACAGUUUCACACAUCCUCAAGCAAUGUUGCCUUCUAGAACAUUUUCGAGCGAUGUACCUGGACACGGUAAAGUGUUGAUGACAACGUCUUCCUCCGAAGGAGGAACAGGGUCAAGCUCUACUGCCGAUGAGCGUAGACGCAGUUCAGAAUCAAACACCAGUGUUGAAUAUGGAAUGAACUCAACAUAUGGAUCUGAUGAGCAAUUCACGGAUGCGGCUAAUAGCAUUCCACCUUCGCAAUCGGGCAGUAGACCAACACGAGACACAGAACGGGAAGAAUUGGUUCAAAGUCGCUUAUCGAUGAGCUUAGAUGCAGAGUUACAGCAUUCGACAGAAGUAAAGGAUGAAAAGCUCCUCGAGACAGCAAACACAACAAUUCCUUCAACCAUCACUCAUCAAGCUCCGAAAUUGCCAGCAAUUAGCACAGAUUUGAAGCUCAAUGCUGCAGAAUCCAAAAAUGUUCACAAACGUGCUGAUUCGAACGCAAGUACAUUUAGCGCAAUGUUGAUGGCCAGUAAACCAGGUGGAUCUGCCGAUCGUGCUGUUGAUGCAAAACCUGUUGUACAACAAACAGCUCAAAAGCAGCAAAUUGAACAAUAUCGUGCUGGAAUUAAUAAGAGCUUAUUGGCCCGUUCAGGUUUGUUAAAGCAAGACAAUUUCACACAAGAACCCGAAGAAAUUGAUGAAGCCGAAAAUAAAGGUCAACAACCACAAUCUAUGCUCGAUCAUGCAUCUUCCAUCUUGAAACGCGUUCGUGAAGCUGUGCCCAAUAUGCCACAACGUCAACGUACCGUACAACCUGAAUUGGUCGACAAAGGUGAUGGCUGGAGUUGUAUGGGCGUUGGAGAUGUGGAAAAAGUGGAUUCACAUUGGCAUACGGUGAUUGAAACAAUCAAAGUGGCACAUAUCAAGGAGAAAGAAGAAAACGACGAAGAAGCAAGCGAGAACGAAGCUUCUGAGCCAGAAUAUGAAUAUGUUGACGAAGAAGUUGAGGCUCAUUACAAUGACUUGUUCGAAUUAAUCUUCACUGCCACUACGCCAGAUGUGAUGUCAACACUUCUAUCUUAUUUGGACAUUCACGACAUCAAAGCCUUACGUCAAACAUCCGCCCCUGUUCGUCUUGCUGUUGGUGCAAAUCGUGAAAUGAUCUUGAAUCAAUUCUUGUCUGGAAUCGGUUACCGAACUUGGACUUACGUGAAAGGAUCAGCAACAGCAGCACGAGCACGUUUGGCUGGUCAAUCACCCAUCACUGCCAAUAAAGAUCCAUGCCCUCUAUCUUUGGCUGAUUUGGAAGGUUUUAUUAUUGCGCAAGAUUUGUUGCCCGAAUAUGCAAUGGUUGGACAAGAAUUCGCAAGAGCACCUGAAGAGAUGGAUCAAGGUAUGGCAAGAUUGGCAAGGGCAACUACAAGAGCUCACAAUCGAGUUUUGACAAGAUUGAGAUUGCAACCAACGUAUAGAAUGCCAAGCAAGAAGGGAAGUAACGCCAGUACAUCGUCACCCUCUUCUCCUUCUACACCAACUUCAAGGAUCAAUUCAUCCACUUCAUUUAUCAAUCGUCAAAUGAGCGGAAGCGUAUCGACAAAUAUAAUCAAUAGACAUAACAGCUACUACGAUCUUCGUAAACCAAGCUUGCCUCUCGACAUGAGCGAAUUGCCUCCCGUUCCAUCUCUCAAUUUGAUAAACGAAGGUUUAAGUCCAGCACCUUCUUCUGUUGGAAGUCAUUCUCCUCUUUCACCUGGCAGUCCCGGAUUGACAACAGCACCUUCUACACCAUCACCUUUGUGUGAUAGCUCACCGAUCGAAAGUGUGACGGCUCCGACUCUCCUUUCACCAUGGAAGCCAGGUAGAGCUGCCACUUUCCGCGUUUGGGUACCUGCCAAAGAUCCUUCAGGCUGGUUAUCCGAUGCCGAACUUGCCGAAUGCGAACAAGAAUUGUACAAAUCUGGAGUUUGGCCACAUCUCAAACGAGGUGAUAUCAUUUGGGAUACGGCCGUUGGAGAUCAACUAAAUGAAGGCAAAUACGUCUUUGAUGGAAAUUAUCUACGUGAUUUAAGUUAUGCAUUUGAUGUUGCAGGACAUUUGCCAAGUUGGUUGAACGUGAUCAUGUUCAGUCCUUCUUAUUGGCAUAAUGUUAUCAAAUCAUCUCAACCUCAACCGGUUGUAUUCUUGGACAUCGCACCUUGGAAAGAUCAAAUCUUGAACAGCCUGCGAUUGGUGCAAGAUCAUGUGGAUACAUUUAGUGGAAACGGUGCACGUUACCGAAUCGCAAAAUGGUUAUACCGUUCCGCUGCCAAUGUCACGAGUGGACAAAUUAUCAGCCGAAUGAAUGGUGGUUUGGAAAUCGUUGACGAUCAAUGGGCCGGAAGGAUUGUGAUCGAAAUGGACGGAAUGGCAGAAUGGGCAAAAGAAUUGGUGAAUCGAUGUGCAGGUCCAGAAGCAACUGCACGUGAAAAAACCAAUUUGUUGGCAACCGUUAUGGGCGAUGCAAAUGAAGCAGGCAAAAUGAGCAACAUCCAUGAUACCAACGGUGGUACGCAAAAGCCUGCCUUGUACAACAAAUUUGGCGGUCAAGGUGGCUCAACGAUGAUUCGUAAGAAUGUCGAACCGCAAAAUGCACCAUGGGCAAUCAUGCGUGAAAGAUGCAGACCGGGUCUCAUCUGGAUUCGUCCUUUGGGCGAUCGUGAGAAGGUGUUUGCCUGAGAAGAGCAAGCAAUAGCUUUUGGACAUUC